AUGCAGCGCCAUGCUUCUCCUCCGCCACCGCCGUCCAGCCCAACGGCUGCGGCAUCGUCGUCGCCCGCCAACCCGUACCUCUCGCCCACGCGAUCGGCCCAACGCAAGGAGAGGCGCGUUCCCUCCGUGACGCCGAGGCGCUUCAGACGCUUCUUCACUCCGCGGUCUCUCCCCGGACCUCGCACCGCGCUGGGAGUCAUGGAUUCUGCCGCUGUUAAUCGCCAGUUGCAAACUCCCGUCUCUCUAUCUGGGGACCUGCUCAGCUCGGACCCCAUCUGCCCUUCGUCACCCACCGAGCGGCUAGGCGCCAUGGACGACGAGGAUUCGGAGAAGCGGAAGCGUGACGAGCAAGCAGGGCCGGCGGUCAAGAGGAGAAGAGGCAUCACAUUUGCAGACGCCCUGCAGCCGCCGGCCUUGUUGCGUGUUGAUACCGAGAACCUCCCCCGACAUGGAGCAUCGGAAGCGCAGCGCGCGGGAUCCGAGGAACGGCUGCCUCUGAGCGAGAGACGCAAGGCCACGCUUAGCCAGUUCUUCAAAGCUAGUCGCAGAGGUGUCCCCAGUCCGCACGAAAAGCUCCUCCUUCCCAGCCAAGAUAUUGUCGUUGGAGACGACAAGUCGUCCACUCUACCGGAACGCUAUCAACCACAGCCUAUCCGCAAAUUCCGCAACCGCGGCUUCGAGGCCCAACUCCUCGAUCGCGAACACGGCUUUGCCUCGCAUCAUGGCCGCCACCUCCUCAACACUCCGGCAUGCGACUCGCGGACACAGACCGCAGACUUCUACAGCGACAGCACCGACGUCCACCACUGCACGCCCAUCGAAGGACAGGGCAACUGCAUCCCCUUUAGCCUGGCAAGCUGCCACAACUCGGCCAUUACCGCCAUCGGCGACGAGCAGGGUUACGUCCGGCUCUUCAAGGCGUCCAAGGUAUCUUCCGAUGAGGACAAGCUCGCCGCCACCAUAAAGGCCCACGACAACGCCGUCAUGGACCUCGACUUCUCCAGCGACGACAGUCGCCUCGCGACCGCGUGCGGCGACCGCUCCGGCAGGAUCGUCGACGUGCCGACCGGCACUGUGGCCGUCGAGCUCGGCGGCGGCCACUGGGACUCGCUGCGUCAGAUCUCCUUCCAGCCCGGCAAGGACAACGGCAGCGUGCUCGCCUCCUCAGACAGGGCAGGUCGCGUGCAAAUCUGGGACCUGCGGUGCUCGCCGCUGCCGGCACAGUGCUUCUCCACGAGCCACGUCUUCCAGGACCGCGACACGGCGCUCGACCCCUUCGCCGCGCGCACCGUCAACACCAUCGACAACGCCCACGAGCGUACCGUACAGGGCAACACAUCGUCGGCUUCCGUCACCGCCAUGGCGUGGCUGCCCGGCGGCCGCGAGCACCUCCUCCUGACCGCCUCCGAGGCCAACGCCUCCAUCAAGCUCUGGGACACGCGCUACAUCAAGCCCCGUCGGCAGGCCGAGGAAACGCCCCUCGCCAUCACGCCCCAGCCCGUCACCCACGCCUGGCGCUCCUACGGGAUCACCUCUCUCGCCCUCGGCGCCGAUGCCUCUCGCCUCUACGCCGUCUGCAAGGACAGCACCGUAUACGCCUACUCCACCGCCCACCUCAUCCUCGGCCACGCCCCCGAACUUCUCGACAACGCGUACCGCCGCCGCCCCGCCGGCGUCGAGGGCCUCGGUCCCCUCUACGGCUUCAAGCACGACAUGUUCCGCGUCUCCUCCUUCUACGUCAAGUGCGCCGUCCGCCCAGCUCGCGACGGCGCGCCUGAGCUUCUCGCCGUGGGCAGCUCCGACAGCUGCGCUGUGCUCUUCCCCACCGACGAGCGAUACAUGCGAUCCGCCUGGUCCCAGGGCGAGCAUAUCCUCCGCGACAUCUCCUUCUCAUCGUCAUCAUUCACCAACGCCGGGGGCGCCACGAUGCCCUCCCAGUCCUUCACCUCGUCAUCCUUCCUGACACCCUCGGGCCCCCACCCGUCCUCCUCCCCGCUGCCCAUCUUCCGUGGCGGCACCCCGCUCGUCCGCGGCCACAGUCGCGAGGUCACCACCGUGUCGUGGGCCGCGCAGGGCGCGGGCCUCGUCAGCGCCUCGGACGACUACAUCGUGCGCAACUGGCAGGAGGACUCGGACCGCGCGCGCCACCUUCGCACCGUGGGCGAGUUUGGCGGCGAGAGGCACCUCUCUGGUUGGGCCGACGUGGGCGCCGACUGGGACGAGGACGAAUGCUGA